CGCCAUGUUGAUUAACUCCUCUCGACCUCGACUGAUGACUUAUGUCGCGCCUUCCUUGGCAUAAAAUCCGCGCAUGGGAGACGGGACAUAUUUGCGGAGGCAGAAAAUAGAAACGAUAUGAGCAGGAGGAAAGCUUUUCUUCUCAAAACCCUUCUCUUCCUCUUUGCUCUCAAUUCGAUCUCUCUUUACAUCUACUUCUCCCCUCAUCCCGACCACUUCCAUCCAAAACCUCAGUCUGAAAACCCCAAAUUCUUAACUGAAGACCGCAAAUCCCUAACUGAUACUCACCAAAGACAUCUAGUUCCCGUCUCAUUCCAUGUUAAACCAUGGCCGAUCCUUCCUUCUUACCUUCCUUGGUCCUUAAACCCCAAUGUCCGUGCCAAGUCAUGUGAAGGGUAUUUCGGGAACGGAUUCAAUCGCCGCAUAGAUCUUCUCAGAUCAUUGCCGGAGACUUUUCGAAGAUCGCCGAAUUAUGGUGGUGCUGGUGGUGGGUGGUUUCGAUGUUUAUACAGCGAAACCCUGGAUAGCUCCAUAUGCGAAGGUGGGAGAAUACGGAUGAACCCAGACAAGAUAAGAAUGUCUGUUGGAGGGGAGAAAUUGGAGUCAGUGAUGGGGCGCCGGGAGGAGGAAGAGCUCCCUUCCUUUGAUUCGAGUGCUUUCGAAAUCGAGGUUGCCGAAGGGUCAACUGAGGGUGGGGGCGGGCGGAAGCUUGUCAAUGAAGAGUUUCUAGAUCGGUUUGUGCCACAGGGUGCGGUUCAGAUACAUACGAUGCGUAGUUUGCUUGAUUCGAUUCGAUUAGUUCCUCCUGACGAGUUCAAUUGCUCAGAGUGGGUUGAGGAGCCAACACUUCUAGUUACGCGUUUUGAGUAUGCCAACCUUUUCCAUACGGUUACAGACUGGUAUAGCGCAUAUGUAGCUUCUAGAGUUACUGGAUUGCCUAAUCGACCUCAUCUGGUUUUUGUGGAUGGCCAUUGUGAGACACAUUUAGAAGAAACUUGGAAGGCACUAUUUUCAAGCCUUAGGUAUGCUAAGAAUUUCAGUGGCUCAGUUUGUUUUCGCCAUGCAAUUCUUUCACCAUUGGGAUAUGAAACUGCCCUUUUUAAGGGACUUACCGAAAACAUAGACUGUGGGGGAGCUGCUGCACAUGAUCUUUGGCAGAAGCCAGAUGACCGAAAGACUGCACGGUUAUCUGAGUUUGGGGAAAUGCUAAGAGCAGCCUUCGGUUUCCCAGUGGAUAGAAAUCGGAUGUCAAAAACAGUUUCAAGACAUAAUGUUCUCUUUGUGCGUCGUGAAGAUUAUUUGGCUCAUCCAAGGCAUGGUGGCAGACUGGAGUCGAGGCUUAGCAAUGAACAAGAGGUGUUUGAAUCUGUGAAGUUUUGGGCAGUUAAUCAUAUGGAAUGCAAAGUAAAUCUUAUUAAUGGGCUACUUGCGCACAUGUCCAUGAAAGAGCAAGUCCGUGCCAUUCAAGAUGCUUCUGUCAUUAUAGGAGCUCACGGGGCAGGAUUGACACAUAUUAUAGCUGCAAGACCAACGACAGUGAUUCUUGAGAUCAUUAGCAGCCAAUUCAGGCGACCACAUUUUUCAUUGAUUUCACAGUGGAGAGGGCUAGAAUAUUAUGCCAUUAACCUGGCUGGCUCACAUGCAGAACCUGCAGUUGUUAUUGAGAAGCUAAACAAUAUAAUGAGAAACCUUGGAUGCUGAGCUAUUUAUGGUUUUGACGGUUCUAGAUUCACCUUGCUAGUCAUCAAGCGUCUUAAGGAGACUUUGCAUGCUGUGGCCCUUGUUUCUUGUGCAUUGGCAAGAACUACUGGCCGUGAACUUGUUCAACUCUAGUAGCCACAUGUCAAAUGUUUUCUUUUUGACAGUUCAAGCUCUCUAUGGUCAUAAAGGUUGGAGGUUGGAGCUUUCUUUACAAGAUCUCGCAUUUCCACUGGUCUUGUAGCAAGAAAAGAAGCCUCUAAGGGGGACGUCUUUUUGAUACAACGUUGGUAGCUUAAGCCCUUUUAGUCCAAAGCAUUGGGAAUGGGAAUUGGAGUCCUAAUUAAAAAUGUAUUGACGCUAACAUUUGCAACCUUUGUGAAGUUUUGCGAAAGAUUGGCAGGGUGAUGCGUUACCUCGAGUGGGGCAUUUUACUACACCAAUAAGAAGAAACUGUCUGACGUAUUCUUGCCAUUCCCUGUGGCCCAGCAAAAGAUUGUCUAGCGAGAUGGUUUCUAGGUGGGGAUAUGCAACCUUCUGCGCCCCGUCACUGUUGUCUUUCAUUUGAGAUUUGUGGAGGAAGCCAAGUAGCAUCCAGCAAUGGUGAGCUUGAAUUUUUUUCCCUGCAAGUUUACAAUGUCCAUCCUCUGUCGAUUCAAAUGGCAGUUUAGUUAUACAUACCAUUAGCAUUUUGUGUUUUACAUGAUUUAAAUUUCAUUAAAUGAGGCGCCAUUCUGAUUAGCUUCAAUUUCUUGUAAUUUGGUUCUCACCCUUCUUGGACUAUAUGGGUGUAAAAUGGUAUCUAGAAUAAAGAACACUGAAACAAGGCUGUAAUGGCGCACUUUUUAUUGAUGAGAAAUAUUUAUAGAAGCUAAACUA